GUGAUUUGUUUUCAAACUUAUCAUAAACUAUAUCCUUGGAUAUUUCCUCUCCGCAGAUUUCAAUUUUUCUUUUCAAGGAAUAUUUGACCUUCAGAUCCCAGGUUUUGUGUAUCCUGAUUCCUCGCAUUGACCACAUAUUGGAAAAUUCAAGCUGCGCUUCAAGUAUAUAUUUCUGUUAACUGACUUUGAUGAAUUUUAUCUCUUUUCAAAAUCUGCAAUCUGCUUAUUGUGCCAACUCUGCAUUGCAGAGAAGUCUUAGCGUGGGAUUCCAGCUUGGUUCCUGCAAAAAAGUCACUACAAACAGGCUUUAACUGUCCUUACUUGGGGAGAGAGGGGGCAGGGAACCCCCUGCCGCUGCCAACCUGACGGGCGCGGCUGGCAAAGAAGCCCACCCAGACCGCAGUCUCCUCCUGCUGGGCUGGGCGCUGUCCUUGGUGCUGCCGACGCCAUGCGAGCACCAGCGCCUUACCUUCUGCCCCUGUGGAAGUGCAGACGUCCCCCAAACGUUAAGCAGAAUGUUGCACCAUAUCCCACUUUUAAUAUAAGUAACUGUCCCCGGCCUGUCCUCUUUGUCCCCUUCCUGAAGCGUUCAGGCGACGCGUUCCUCAAAGUCUUUUCUUCUUCAAGACACAACUCCUCUGCGCUCAUCUCUGGCUGCUUUAAAACAAGGGAUGGGGGAAGGGAAGAGAGGCAAAGGAAGAUGAAGUGGGGGAGGGGACGCGAAGAAGGGGAGAAAGAAAAGACAGGGAGGCAAAGGUACCGGAGAAAGGGGCUCAGCAGAAGGUCGGGGUGAGUGGAACUAAAGAGCGCUGGAAGCAGGAGGAAGAAGAUGGGUCCCAAAGACGGGGAAGUGAGAACGCACAAAAGAUGGAUAAAGCAAGAAAGUAACGGGGACUGGGAAAGCAGAGAAAGCUGUGAGGCUAUGAAGUGGAGAUCUGAAAGAAGAAGGGGACCCGAGGGCCCGAGAAAGAGCUGCGCAAAGCAAGGGAGAGCGACUAACAAAGAGAGGGCAGUGGGUGGGUAUUCGCCCCCAGGACGCAAGCUACAUCUGAAGGUGAAAGAUGGAGAGGGGAAUCGCGGGGGCCGAGGGGUCCGGGGCUAAAAGGGAAGCUGGGGGAGGGGCUGGGACGGGGCGGUUAAGUGCGGGGUGCGCUGCGGCGCCGGCCCACGUGGAGUGGGAGCUGAAUCACCGCCGAGCCGCCUCCCCCUUCCCCGGCCCGGGCCGGGCCCGCAGUCCCCGCCUCCUCGGCCGCCGCCUCCACGGGGCGGGGCCCUGGCCCGCGACCAGCUCCGCGGCUAUAAAUGGGCUGUGGCGAGGCCGGCGGAUCGCUGUGACAGCCACACACUCCAAGGCCUCCAAGAUGAGCUACACGCUGGACCCGCUGGGCAACCCGUCCGCCUACCGGCGGAUAACCGAGACCCGCUCCAGCUUCAGCCGGGUCGGCGGCUCCCCGUCCAGCGGCUUCCGCUCGCAGUCGUGGUCCCGCGGCUCGCCCAGUACCGUGUCCUCCUCCUACAAGCGCAGCGCGCUCGCCCCGCGCCUCACCUACAGCUCGGCCAUGCUCAGCUCCGCCGAGAGCAGCCUCGACUUCAGCCAGUCCUCGUCCCUGCUCAACGGCGGCUCCGGCGGCGACUACAAGCUGUCCCGCUCCAACGAGAAGGAGCAGCUGCAGGGGCUGAACGACCGCUUCGCCGGCUACAUCGAGAAAGUGCACUUUCUGGAGCAGCAGAACAAGGAGAUCGAGGCGGAGAUCCAGGCGCUGCGGCAGAAGCAGGCCUCGCACGCCCAGCUGGGAGACGCGUACGACCAGGAGAUCCGCGAGCUGCGCGCCACGCUCGAGAUGGUGAACCACGAGAAGGCUCAGGUGCAGCUAGACUCCGACCACCUGGAGGAAGACAUCCACCGGCUCAAGGAGCGCUUCGAGGAGGAGGCCCGGCUGCGCGACGACACCGAGGCGGCCAUCCGCGCGCUGCGCAAAGACAUCGAAGAGUCGUCGCUGGUCAAGGUGGAGCUGGACAAGAAGGUGCAGUCGCUGCAGGAUGAGGUGGCCUUCCUGAGGAGCAAUCACGAAGAGGAGGUGGCGGACCUGCUGGCCCAGAUCCAGGCGUCGCACAUCACGGUGGAGCGCAAAGACUACCUGAAGACAGACAUCUCAACGGCGCUGAAGGAGAUCCGCUCGCAGCUCGAGUGUCACUCCGACCAGAACAUGCACCAGGCCGAAGAGUGGUUCAAAUGCCGCUACGCCAAGCUCACCGAGGCGGCCGAGCAGAACAAGGAGGCCAUCCGCUCGGCCAAGGAAGAGAUCGCCGAGUACCGGCGCCAGCUGCAGUCCAAGAGCAUCGAGCUCGAGUCGGUGCGCGGCACCAAGGAGUCCCUGGAGCGGCAGCUCAGCGACAUCGAGGAGCGCCACAACCACGACCUCAGCAGCUACCAGGACACCAUCCAGCAGUUGGAAAAUGAGCUUCGGGGAACCAAGUGGGAGAUGGCUCGUCAUUUGCGAGAGUACCAGGAUCUCCUCAACGUCAAGAUGGCCCUGGAUAUCGAGAUCGCUGCGUACAGGAAACUCCUGGAGGGUGAAGAAACCAGGUUUAGCACGUUUUCAGGAAGCAUCACUGGGCCAAUCUAUACACACCGACAGCCCUCAGUCACCAUAUCCAGUAAGAUUCAGAAGACUAAGGUGGAGGCCCCCAAGCUCAAGGUGCAACACAAGUUUGUUGAAGAAAUCAUAGAAGAAACCAAAGUGGAGGAUGAGAAGUCGGAAAUGGAAGAUGCCCUGACAGCCAUUGCAGAGGAGUUGGCAGUUUCCACAAAACAAGAAGAGAAGGAAGAGGAGGCAGAAGAAAAGGAAGAGAAGCAAGAGGCUGAAGAAGAAGCGGUAGCUGCCAAAAAGUCCCCAGUGAAAGCUGCUGCGCCUGAAAUUAAAGGAGAGGAAGAAGAGGAAAAGGAGGAGGAAGAGGAGGAAGAUGAGGGUGUUAAGUCCGACCAAGCUGAAGAGGGCGGAUCUGAGAAGGAAGGCUCGAGUGAAAAGGAUGAAGGUGAGCAGGAAGAGGAAGGAGAAACAGAGGUGGAAGGGGAAGGAGAAGAAGCAGAAACUAAAGAGGAAAAGAAAGUCGAGGAGAAGAGCGAAGAGGUGACUUCCAAGGAGGAGCUGGUAGCAGAAGCCAAGGUAGCAAAGCCGGAGAAGGCCAAGUCCCCUGCACCAAAGUCGCCUGUGGAAGAGGUGAAGCCAAAAGCAGAAGCUGUAGCAGUGAAAGGUGAGCAGAAAGAGGAAGAAGAGAAAGUGGAGGAAGAAAAGAAAGAAGUGGCCAAGGAAGCUCCCAAGGAAGAGAAGGUGGAGAAGAAAGAGGAGAAGCCAAAAGAGGUGCCAGAGAAGAAGAAAGCUGAAUCCCCAGUGAAGGAGAAAGCUGUGGAGGAUGUGGUCACCAAACCAGUAAAGGUGAGCGUGGAGAAGGAAGCCAAAGAAGAGGAGAAGUCUCAGCAGCAGGAGAAGGAGAAAGAGAAGGAGAAGGAGAAGGGGAAGGAGAAAGAGAAAGAGAAGGAGAAGCCAGAAGAGGAAGGAGGGAGUGAGGGGGAAGGGAAUGGCCAAGGCGCCAAGGAAUCCAGGAAGGAAGACAUAGCUGUGAAUGGGGAGGUAGAAGGAAAAGAGGAGGAGGAGCAGGAAACUAAGGAAACUGGCAGUGGGAGAGAAGAGGAGAAAGGUGUGGUCACCAAUGGGUUAGACUUGAGCCCGGCAGAUGAGAGGAAGGGGGCUGACCGAAGCAAUGAAAAAGUGGUGGUGACCAAAACAGUAGAAAAGAUCACCAGUGAGGGAGGCGAUGGUGCUACCAAAUACAUCACUAAAUCUGUAACUGUCACUCAAAAGGUCGAAGAGCAUGAAGAGACCUUUGAGGAGAAACUAGUGUCAACUAAAAAGGUAGAAAAAGUCACUUCACACGCUAUAGUAAAGGAAGUCACUCAGAGUGACUAGGAAUGGAAUCCAUUGCAAAAAGGUUAAGCCAUAUGACAAUUUCAAAAUGCAUGUGAUUGACAGCUUCAACACAGAACGGGUUCUCCCAUGGGGGCUCUGGACAUUGUAUUUUACUUUGUGCAAUACGAGGGAACUGCAUGCGAGCUCAGGGUGCCUCCUCCUCAGUCUUUGGGGGAUUCAAAUGCAUGAUAUUGUAUGUAUCUGGGGAAUUUGCCAAUUUCCUAAGCUGUUGGAAGGGGGGCACUUGGGGGGGAUAUCUCGAGAUGUAUUAUGCAAAGUACCAACUGAGCCAAAAAUAAUAAGUGAAACACAGAACUCUCUUAGCCUUAAGAAAGCUAUAUAUGAAUAAUUAUGUUUACCUCACUGGUGCAUCUAAAAUGGACUUUCGUUCAUGGGAGAACCUCGCUGACAUGCACAGUUUGCAAACUUAUGUUGAUAGAUGUUAAAUGUCACAACAGUAUUUGCUCAAUAAAGGUCAUAUAUUGGAAACAUA